UUGACUGCUGCGAUGAUCUGCUGCGUCGCGAUCGUCGGCGCCAACAACAACCCGCUCUUCGUCCGGUCCUUUGACGAGGACGACGACCUCUCCUUCCACUACAUCGUCCACAUCUCGCUCGACAUCAUCGAGGAGAAAGUGAAAAUCUCCAAGGACGACAUGUACCUCGGCUUCCUCGGGCCCGUCGAAGACUUCCGCGUGUACGGCUACGUGACCAACACGCUCGUCAAGCUGGUCGUUGUCGUCCAAGACGCGCCCAUCAAGGAGUCGGAGAUGCGAGUGCUCUUUGCCGAGCUGCACAAGCUGUACGUAAACGCCAUGUCCAACCCGUUCGCGAUCAUUGGCGAGCGCAUUACGUCCGAGAAGUUUGAGAGCAAGGUGUAUAACCUCAUUCUGCAGCACAACCACACGAUCGAAGCGACGCGUUAAACAAGCAACGUUUUACUCGUCUCCAUUGCCUCGAGCAGCAACGCUGGGUGAGCAACCUCCGUCGGUGGCACACCCAUACUAUGGCAACGCAAGAAGCAUGCCCG